AUGAAGUUUCUCAUCGUUCUUGCCCUCGUGGGGAUCGCCACGUCGCAAAAGUGCGGCCUUAACGACAACAAAGGUGCGAGUUCCCUAUCCACCGCGGCAUUCUGGAAGGGCAUCGAUGGAGCCGAUAAGAUAGAAGAGCUCACCGAUAAGACUUUUGCCGCAUAUGUGAAGAAGGACCAAAAGACUUUCGUCCUCUUUUAUCAUCCGCGGUGUCGAUACUGUAUCGAAUCUCGGGAAGGAUUUGCCGGUGCGGCGAAGGAGAUGGACGGCCAGGUCUUCUUCGCCUCGGUGGAUUGCUCGAAACAGCGGAAAGCGUGUCAAGUUCAGGGUCACCCGAUCCGCGGGUAUCCGACCUUCUUCUACUAUGCGGGUGGAGAAUGGAACGAUGAAUACAAUGGACAACGAGAUACCAACAGUUUUGUGGGGUAUCUGAACACAAAAUGAGGACCUGAAAAAAAUAUUCACGAAAUUGUAAAAUUUCUCAGUAAAGUUCCCUACUGUCUUUUUCCCAGAAAUAAA